AUGUCAACUGGUGACCAUACAGAGACAGUAGAUAUCGAGUUUGAUCCUCACAAAACCUCCUACGAAACUUUGCUGAACUGUUUCUGGAAGUGGCACAACCCAACCUCACACCAUGGCCGCCAGUACAUGUCAGCAAUCUUCUACCAUGAUGAGGAGCAGCGCAAUCUUGCAGAGAAGACACGCGAUGCGCAGCAGCAACACCUGGUGCGCCCAAUUGUGACUACUAUUGCCAGGGCAACACCAUUUUACGAGGCGGAAAACUACCAUCAGAAGUAUAUUUUGCGUCAACAUCCAACGAUACUGGACAAACUGGGGCUAAGUGACAGCGAACUCGUCCAGUCAUCUGUGGCAUGUCGGCUCAAUGGCUAUCUGGAAGGGUUCGGUUGCUUGGAUGACUUCAACAAGGAACAAGAAACCUUUGGUUUACCAGAGGCUUCACUUUCCUACAUCAGGAAACAGAUAGAGAAGAAGCAGCCUCAUUAAACCCUUCAUAUCAUAGUUUACGAUAGUGUUUACCUUUUUUGAUAUGUUCAAUAACAGUUUUUUAUAUUCUUAUCUUCAAAUUGUUAAAGAUAACAUUUUAAGCAUUUUUACUUGAUACGUUUAACUUGGCUGAGCAAUUAUACAUUACUUUGUCAAAAUGCUAGUAUUUACAUAUAAAAUUGAAAUUCCAACAAGUGUAAGAUCCUAUAUACAGGGGUGUGAUUUAGGUGAAGUCCGAGGGGAGGAAAAUAAUAGGAGUCGUGUUCUGAGAAAACUGGGCAUAAUGCAUGUGCGUAAAGUGUCGUCCUAGAUUUGCCUGUGCAGUCCGCACAUGCUAAAUACGGAUGAAACUUUCCGCUUUUAUGGUAUUUUUCGUUUAAAGAAAGUCUCUUCUACACAAUAAUCCAGUAAAGGCGGAAAGCGUCAUCCCUGAUUAGCCUGUGCAGACUGCACAGGCUAAUCUGGGACGACACUUUACGCACAUGCAUUAUGUCCAGUUUUCUCAGAUCACAACUAAUAUAAUUGAUGAAUUCUCUGGCAUGCUACUGCAUACUACAUGUACACUACUACCAUUGUUUGUUUCCUAAGUAACUCUAACCAUUGAACAAUUUGUUUAGUACUGAAAAAUAGUAAACACAAAAGCACUCUCGUGUGUUCAAGGUCCAUGAUUAGACCUGCUGACCUUGUUUUUUUCAACUGAAUGUGACCCAUUUAGCCUAGACAUGGUAGAGAUAAACAUUCAGAGGAAGUUUCAUCAUAGUUAGGUCACAAAUUGGGGCAUUGAGUUUUAGCUUUUAUAACCAUUUGACUUAAAAAAUUUACCUCACUUAGCAUUGGCCAAGACAAAGAUUCUGAUAUUCUAAAGAUAAACAUUCUUACAAAGUUUCAAGACUAAAAUAUUUGUGUGGGUUUUAGAGUGGUAACAAUAGUUUUUAGGUUAUUACCUUAUUUUGACCCCAUUUAGUACUUUGGUCUAGACACUCUAAAGAUAAACAUUCUGAUAAAGAUUCAGAACAACACAAUAACUCACCUUGAGCACUUUGAGCCUAGAUAAGCCAAAAAUCAUUAAUAAUAAUUGGCAUUUUUCAGUGUAAUAUCAUCCCCAAUUACAUGCAGACUAUAUCAACUUUGAGCCCUUGAUUGUGGUAAGGCAAAGGCCGAUGGGCAUUAUCCUUUAUCACAUGAUAUACAUCAGUUUGGUAUGGUGUGCAUGUGUUACAGUCAUAUCACUGUUUCAUCCUUAUUGUCUAUACUACUGUGGUUACAUAAGUACUGUUAUUUUGUUAUUUAUGGGUUGUUGUUGUUGAUAAAUAAAAUAAUGAAGAUUUCAA